UCCAGGUUGCUUGGAAUGUCGGGGAAAGCGGUCUCAAUAAUCAGAGGACUGGGUUCUGUGGGAAGGGUGCAGGGAUUUGUGUCUUAAAUAUAACGUUCUUCUGUCUACACGUUAUUAAAAACUAUUCGGAUUUAUGUCCACUAAUGUUGAAGAUUCCGCUCUUCCAAUGCACUACAAAGAUCACUCCCUAUAUAAACCUCAUUUUGCUCAUCAGCCAGUCUUACCACCCAAAUUCUUUUUUGUCUGUCACUGACCAAGCCAAUCCUAUGGAAACAUGGACUAUGGCUAUUUGCCUUAUUUAAGCUUAUUUUCCCAUCUUUAAAGAAGCAGGAAGCAAUCUUGUUUUGUUUUAGUGCAAUGUAAUUAACAGGGUACUUGCGUUCCUGCUUUCUCGAACAUUUGCCAACAGGGUUUCAUCUUUAGCAUAAAACCUGGCAUUGACAAGACAGUUCUCUAGGCUGCAGUGACUGGAGGCCUUCAGGUCUCCUAUAAAGUCAUGCAGUCUUCAGAGGAGCUGUUCAACAGGAAACUCAAGUCAUUAAAUGGAAACAAAGAAAUGCCAACUACCAGCCUACAAUGCAAAUUUAAUGGCACAUUUGCCGUGCCUAAAAUGGGGGUGCGUGCUCGGAUAUCAGACUGGCCACCCAAAAAUGAAGGGUGGGAAAAUCGAUGCGGAUCAAACUAUGAAAGAGUUAUUAUGGCCUUUCAAAAUGGACAGCCAGACCAAAGCAAAGAGAUCACUGAUGUGAAUGAAGCGCCCUUAGACUUUGAUCAUUCUGAGACAGAAUAUUCGCUGAGUGACCUUUUGAGUCAGUCCACUUUAAAGGGACUUCAUCCUAUUCGACAACGAAGCAACAGUGAUGUGACUAUCAGUGAUAUAGAUGCUGAGGACAUAAAGCAUCAAAAAGCUGUCAAUCCAAACACAGGUGCCUCAUUGCACCGGGAGUAUGGCAGCACAUCCUCUAUUGACCAACAGGGUCUAAGUGGGGAUGGAGUCCUUGCACUGUUCAAGGGUUACAAAGUAGAUAAAUUGGGUCAUUUGAAUACGCACUCAACUAGUUUCCCAGAGAUGCGAUACAACAGUGCUCUCUCACCUAGCUUGCAAACAGCAGCUCAGAUAGCACGUGGAGAGAUCAUUUGUAUCUCAGGCUAUGAUUAUGUAAGCAGUUCCCUUCUCUUUAGUCAAGAAAGAGACAAAUCCUUUGUGCACCGGCUCAAGUCAGAGUCAUCAGAAACAUCUCUCUUCCGAAAGUUAAGAACUAUUAAAAGUGAGCAUGAAAGUUUCAGGGUCUCAAUAGAACAGGACGACCGUCAAGCUCUUGGUGUCCCGAAAUGCUUUUCUCACUAUGAUGUGCAGAGUGCACUCUUUAAUGUUAGUGAUGCUGUGGCAAAUCAAGUCAGCCUUGUUCAUAGGAAGAACACUACUACUGGUGCCUCAGCAGCUUCACAGUAUCAAGUCCCAUGUAGUGGUCCAGUAUAUGGAAAUACUAGUGGAACUGCACCACUGUUUGAAUCUCCUUUGGGGAGUGAAGAGUUGAACCCUAAACAGAAUCUUGACACAGAUGAGGGGGAUGGAAAGAGCAAUGACCUAGUGCUAAGCUGCCCACAUUUCCGGAAUGAGAUUGGUGGUGAAGGUGAAAGAAGGAUUUCUCUGUCCAGAGCCAACAGUACCAACUACAGUGGAGGAGAAGGCUGCUCUUUUGAGUCCUCGUUAAGCUCUCACUGCACGAAUGCUGGUGUUUCUGUCCUGGAGGUACCUCGAGAAAACCAGCCAGUCCAUCGUGAAAAAGUGAAGCGAUACAUCAUUGAGCACAUUGACUUAGGCGCAUACUAUUACCAUAAAUACUUCUAUGGAAAAGAACAUCAGAACUACUUCGGCAUGGACGAGAACCUGGGUCCUGUGGCCCUCAGUGUGCGACGAGAAAAGCUUGAAGAAAUGAAGGAGAAGGACUGGUCGCCAUACAAUUACCGUAUAGUCGUCAGGACCAGUCAGCUGACAACUCUUCGAGGAGCAAUUAUGGAAGAUGCGGUGCCUUCUACAGCAAGGCAUGGCACAGCCCGUGGCCUCCCCCUAAAGGAGGUGCUGGAAUAUGUAGUUCCUGAGCUCAACAUUCAGUGUCUCCGACUGGCUCUCAACUCCCCCAAAGUCCCUGAGCAGCUUCUCAAGCUGGAUGAGCAGGGGCUAAGUUUCCAGCACAAGGUGGGUGUAUUGUACUGUAAGGCGGGUCAGAGCACAGAGGAAGAGAUGUACAAUAAUGAGAGUGCUGGGCCUGCACUGGAUGAAUUCUUGGACCUGCUUGGACGGAGAGUGCGACUAAAGGGCUUUAAUAAGUACAAGGCACAGCUAGAUAAUAAGACGGACUCUACAGGAACCCACUCACUCUACACUACUUACAAGGACUUUGAACUAAUGUUUCAUGUGUCCACUCUCUUACCCUAUACACCCAACAACCGACAACAGCUGCUCAGAAAAAGACACAUUGGAAAUGACAUUGUCACCAUUGUGUUUCAAGAACCAGGAGCCUUGCCCUUUACACCUAAAAACAUUCGCUCCCACUUUCAGCAUGUAUUUGUUAUUGUUAAAGUCCACAAUCCAUGCACUGAAAACGUCUGCUACAGUGUUGCUGUAUCAAGAUCAAAAGAUGUGCCUCUCUUUGGUCCUCCAAUUCCUAAAGGUGUUACUUUUCCAAAGUCAUCUGUCUUCAGGGACUUCCUCCUUGCCAAGGUCAUCAAUGGUGAGAAUGCAGCACACAAGUCAGAGAAAUUCUAUGCUAUGGCUACUCGAACACGCCAAGAGUACCUUAAAGACCUAGCAGAGAAUUGUGUAAGCACAGCUACUGUGGACUCUGCUCUGAAGUUCAGCUUCAUCACACUGGGUGCCAAGAAAAAAGAGCGGCUCAUACCACGCAGGGACGCCCACCUUCAUAGCAUUGGAGCCAUCAUGUGGAGUGUGGUGGCACGGGAUUUCAGCCAGUCAGUGGAUGUUCAUUGCUUGCUUGGCAUUUCCAAUGAGUUCAUUGUUCUGAUCAAUGAAGAGUCGAAGAAUGUGACCUUCAACUGCUCCUGUCGUGAUGUGAUAGGCUGGACGUCCACCAUCAUGAGCAUUAAGGUAUUCUAUGAACGUGGUGAAUGUAUAAUGUUCUCAGCCCAGGAAGGCUAUGGAGAAGACAUCAGGCAAAUCGUCCUGCGGCUUGAGAUAACCACCCAUGGCUGUGAGACUACAGAAAUGACACUACGUCGGAAUGGCUUGGGACAGCUGGGAUUCCAUGUCAACUUUGAAGGCAUUGUGGCUGAUGUCGAGGCAUUUGGAUUUGCAUGGAAAGCAGGCCUGCGCCAGGGCAGUCGCCUGGUGGAAAUUUGCAAGGUGGCUGUAGCCACACUUACCCAUGAGCAGAUGAUCGACUUGCUACGCACAUCCAUCACAGUCAAGGUGUUGAUUAUUCAGCCUUUUGAAGAUGGUACUCCCAGAAGAGGCUGUUCUGAGCUUUACCGCAUUCCCAUGGUCGAAUACAAACUGGAUAGUGAAGGCACACCCUGCGAGUAUAAGACCCCAUUCAGGAGGAACACCACCUGGCACCGUGUGCCCACCACUCCAGGGUGCCAGGCCCUACCUCGAGGCUCACCCACUCAAGGUCCGGAACAAUUGCAAUGCCAACUUCAGCACAAUGAGAUCUCCAUCCCAUGCAGCACAUCAUUUGACAGGAAACUGUCAGAUAUCUCCAGGAUGAUACAUGAUCUGGAAAACCCACAGAUAUUCUGCAGUAAGUCACAGGCCAGUCAACACUACCGUAGUUCACCCAGUAAUCAGUCGUCAUCCAGUGACCCAGGGCCAGGUGGCAGUACAACUUGGAUCCAACAGCCAGUAUAUGAGGGCUGUCAUUCACCCAUAUUGCAUCAGCAAUCGCCUGAUCCUCCUGCACAAGUCACUGAAGGUGGUGAAUGCUUGAGAGAGAAACAACCGAUACUGGAGAGGACUCGCUCUGCAGAGGCCAAGUGGCACACUUCCUCCACAAAGAUUCUCAACUCUUCGAAUGAUAGAGUCAAGGACUCACCUAACAAACUGUCCAGGUUCUACCCAUCUCAAGGACUUCAGGACAACUCUCAGGGUGGAGAUAAAACCUCAAGUCACUCAAGCAGCAACACACUGUCAAGCAGUGCCUCGAGCAGUAACAGUGAUGAGAAGCACUUUGGUUCAGGUGACCUGGACCCAGAGUUGAUUGGUCUCACUUGUAUCAAAGGAGCUUCCACAGACAGUGGCAUAGACACAACAGUUCCACCCACAGGGGAUCCCCUUGCUGCCAUGGCGUGCCAGGUUGCAGUUGAUCGGGGCAUAUUUGGACCCAGGAGAAUCCAGAAAACAGAGGCGAGAAACCUAUACAGCUGUACCAGCCUCAGAGUUACACUAUGACCAGACCCAGACAUGAACAACAGUAUAAAAGAUCUGAGAGAGAUUGCAUCACACUCAAGACAGCUGUAUGGGAUGGAAGCAGCAUGCCAUAUCCAGGAAGGAGAAAGAGAAAUGGGUCGCAGGGACCAGUCAGAAAUGACGAAAACCCAUUCAAAGGUUAUGCUUCCCAACAGCCUUUCUGGAGAGGAGGUCUGCAGAAAAGUAAACUGCAAAGCUUUGGUAUCUGAAAUUCAUCUUCCCUGCCGUGUACUGUACCGCACUCUGUCAGAAGAGAGUAUGUGCAGUAAUCGCAAAGGCUCAUCCUAUGCCAGCUCCCGCAGCUCAGUGCUUGACCAGGUUCUACCAAAUGAUAUACUGUUUAGCAGCACUCCACCUUACCACAGCACUCUCCCCCCUCGCAUUGGCCGCACUCAGCCGUUAUCCAACCUCCGGAAUGAGGUCUGGUUUUCUGAUGGCUCCUUGGCAGACAGGUCAAAAUUUAAUGAUCCAGGACUCCUCCCCCUCCCGGACACUGCCACAGGUCUGGACUGGUCACAUCUUGUUGAUGUUGCACGAGCCUUUGAAGAUCAAAACAUGGCCUCGGUCUACAUCAUGACUGACAUGCAGGAAGCUGAACCUAUUCAGAUCUCUCAAGAGCCCACCAGACAGGCUGCUGCAGUAGAAAGACCUACACUACAAUCUGGAAAUGGUUCAUCUGCCACUUUGACUGGAAAAGUCAACCAGCUAGAAGUCAUCCUGAAGCAGCUCCAGCAUGACUUAAGAAAGGAGAAAGAGGAUAAAGCCAUCUUGCAGGUGGAGGUCCAACAUCUUCGACAAGAUAAUAUCCGUCUACAGGAGGAGAGUCAAACUGCAGCUGCCCAACUCAGGAAAUUCACAGAAUGGUUCUUUAAUACUGUUGACAAAAAUCCUGAGAACAACUGAGCCUAAUGUGUAAGUUAAGUGCAUAGGUUACCCUUUAAUAGUGCAGCUAGUUUCCCAGUGUGAGUUUGUUUUCAAAAGCUAAAAGGACCCUUUGGCAGGGUAGAUCAGCUGCUGUAUCAUUUCAGUCGUUGCUAACUGACUGCUGGGAUUCCCAAUGGAGAAAUGAAAGAGGCUUUGGAAAGAGAUUUGUCUGAUUAAUGAACAUGAAAUCUUGGUAAGUGAAUGAAGAUGGAAAUGAAUGUAUUUCACAUAAUAACCUACUUUUGCUUGGCAUAUCAUUCAUAUUGUCUGUAUAUCCCUAAAUAGCUUUGUUGGUUUUGAUUAUCUCCAGCAUUUUAAGCUGAAGUUGUUGGUAAUGUUGCUGUUAUGGCACCAGCAGUGCCAUAAUAUUUUAUGAGCAUAUUUUAUAUGCAUUUUUAACAAAAUAGUUUUCAUAGUAGUUUAUAAUCACAGACAUGUCCUAGCAAUGACGUGGUAGAAGUAGGAGAGUUAGUGCAAAAUGUGGUCAGUUCCUGUUAAGGUUGCAGUUGUAUAGUAUUUAUGCUUUAUGCUUGAAAAGGGUAGAAAGGAUAGGUUUAUAAUAAGUGUUUAUCAGAAUGAUUUCUCUUUUUUUCAUUAUUGACUGAGCACAAGCCUUGUCUAUGGCUCACUAAUUUCCUUGUGUGUGCGUGUGUGUUUGUUUGUUACAUCAGCAAAUUGUUUAAUAGAGUUAGUUUUUAUUUCAGUGUGAGAUAGUAAAACACACUCAAUGCCAAAAUGUAUUAUAUCUGUACCUCAGUUGAAGUGGCUUCUAUUUAACAGCUAUUUAUGUUUAUUUAAUCUAAUUUUGUUUAUAUAUAUAUAUAU